ACUCCCUCACUCUUGACGUAAUUUCAAAGAUAAGCAAACGACAACAACCAACUUUUAGCCCAGAUUCACACCUGCAUUCACUUACAGUACAUGACAUACCAAUCAAUGAACGACGAUCCACCAGAAGUUAUACCCAUUGAUGUGGAUGAAUCCUUAUCCACUCACAAACACAAUCCACACCGCGUACCACGGUUAAUUGCGUUAUUUGUGUCAAUAUUAGUGGCACUUGCAUCAGGAACAUUAUACUUUUAUGGUGCCUAUUCCCCACAACUAGUCAAACGAGUAGGACUCACCACGUCCGACUCCGCUACUAUCGCGCUUUGCAUGACUUUGGGAUCUGGGAUUGGUGGGUUCCCCGCUGGGUUAAUCAUUGACAAGUAUGGCCCACAAGUGUCAAUCUGCAUGGGGUCCUUAUUCAUAUUUGUCAGCUAUUUCCUGAUUUACAAUAUUUACCUCAAUCGCUAUCACAGUUUGUUGUUGAUUUGUUUGUGUAUGGGCUUGGCUGGAUUUGGAUCAAUCACUUGUUAUUUUGCGACGCUAAAGGCAUCGCAAGCUAAUUUUCCCAAGAAUAGAGGGACCGCUGGUGCUAUUCCCGUGAGUGCUUAUGGGUUUGCCGCUACUGUGUUUUCAGUUAUAUCGGUCAAGUUUUAUAAUGGCAACACUGGUGGAUUGAUUGAGUUUUUGGCAUUCUUUUGCGGGGUAGUUACUUUUGUUGGUUCGUUCUUCAUUCAUGUUUACCAUGAUGAGGAAGAUGAAGAAGAAGAGGAAGCGGUUGCUUCAAACGGGUAUAUUCCCGUUGACGGUGAAUUGACAUUGCUCACUGACCAAUCAAUCGAACCUCCACCAAUGGCUAGAACCAAUUCCUUAGCUGGGUCAUUCUCAUUCUGGGGGAUUGGUGAACGUACACCCAAGGAUUCAGAAGCUUCCAGCUUUGCAGAACUGUCAAGGUCAAACUCAAUCUAUGAACAACAACAGCAACAGCAACAACAAGCAAUGUUGCCUAAUUCCAUUCAAUCGUCAUCGAGAAAGCCAAGUCAAGCAAACUUGAGACCUUCCACUAAAAAGAAGUCAUCGGGUCAAUGGGAAGCCAUUAAGCAACGUAUUGUCGACAAAGAAUUCCUCACGCUUUAUUUCAUUGCCGCAAUCACAAGUGGGAUCGGACAAAUGUACAUUUACAGUGUGGGAUUCAUAGUAACUGCCCAAUACUAUUACAACAGACACGAAGAUAAACGGGGAGGUGAUUAUGCGCCAAUUCACCCUGACGCUGCCAAGCUUCAAGCAAUUCAAGUGUCAAUUAUAUCCAUCGCCAGUUUCUCUGGGAGACUAGUUGCGGGAUUCCUCAGUGAUUUCAUCCACAAGCACAAGUUCCAACGUCUCUGGAUUGUGUUUGUCACCAUCAUAUUCCAGUGCUUGGGUCAGCUCAUACUAGUACUCAAUGUGUCAAGUCACGUAUGGAUAACUAUCUCCCUGGGGGUGAUGGGAUCUUGCUAUGGCUUGAUAUUCGGAACAUACCCGGCCAUAGUGGCUGAUCUGUUUGGAACAAAGACAUUUUCUACCAACUGGGGAUUAAUAUGCACGGGAAGUGUCGUGACGUUAUUUAUACUCAACAAGUAUUUCGGGUGGAUUUACGAUGGCAAUUCGGAUCCAAAUACUGGCCAUUGCUACAAGGGGAACGGAUGUUACCAGGGUUCAUUUGAGUUGGGGAUGGUGUUAUCGGGCAUUGCAUUGAUUGUUACUAGUGUAUUAAUGUGGAAACAUAGACAUAAGGUUUAGGGGUUAACGAUUAACGAUUUUAUAUAGAACACGAAUGUAGUACUUUGCUUAGAACUGCCAGUGUAGUUGCUGC